AUGUUCUCGUCGUUGGCAUCUUGGACCAUCGCCAGCUUUCAGAAGGACAUAUCGGCCAGAAAACACCUCUCUCAAAGGUCUAAAAUAUCAGAUAAUGCUGAGGAAUCUCUAAUUGAAGAUUUAAAGCGGAGUGUUCGUUCCACAGGCUCGGAGACUUUGAAACCUCCAGGAGUGUUUAAAACCCUUCAGCAGCUCACCGAAGAUGCUGUGACUGAGCAAAGCUAUGAUAGUGCUGGACUGAAUGAUCAAGGCUUCCUGGCAGAGGUAAGCAAUGAAGCUGAUGCUGAUCGGUCCAUAUCGCUUUUGCACGCAGAUUCAUCCCAAGGCGAGUUUGCGUUGAAUACAUCCAACCACAGAUCACCACCAUCCUUCGUGUUCAGUCCAGUAACACAAGCAGAGACUUCUACCUUUGAACGUUUUGGGUCUGCUGGUAACGACUCGUGGAACACUACAUAUACCGAAGACGACACCUACAAUGAUAUGGAGUAUGUUAGGCAAGGGUUCAUGCCUUCGAAUGAGCCUAACGCUUUUAUCACACCCCGAAGAAUAUCUAGCAGGACAUAUUGA